AUGAGUCGACAGUUGUCUUGCUCCUCCCGCGGCGGCGGAGGGGGCCGGGGCUUCAGCAGUGGCUCGGUCCUGGUCUCCGGGGGCUCCCGGAGGGUCGCCUCCACCUCUUGCAUGAUGCGUCGCGGUGGGGGCGGCGGAGGUGGUGGUGGCUUCUGCAGCGGAGGGGCAGGAGGUGGCGGUGGCUUCGGCAGCCGGAGCCUCGUCAGCCUCGGCGGGAGCAAAAGCAUCUCCAUGAGCGUGGCCGGCUCGGGAGGGGGUGGAUUCGGACGAGGAGGUGGUGGUGGUGGUUUCGGUGGUGGUGGUGGUGGCUUCGGCGGCGGUGGUGGUGGUUUCGGUGGUGGUGGUGGUGGUUUCGGCGUCGGUGGUGGUGGUUUCGGCGGACUCGGUGGUGGUGGUUUCGGCGGACUCGGUGGUUUUGGUCGACCUGGAGGCCCCGUCUGCCCCCCUGGCGGCAUCCAGGAGGUGACCAUCAACCAGAGCCUGCUGCAGCCCCUGGACGUGAAGGUUGACCCCGAAAUCGGGAACGUGAGGACCCAGGAGCGCGAGCAGCUCAAGACCCUGAACAAUCAAUUCGCGUCCUUCAUCGAUAAGGUGCAGUUCUUGGAGCAGCAGAACAAGGUGUUGGAGACAAAAUGGGAGCUGCUGCAGCAGGUGAACACGACGAAGCGAACUAACAACCUGGAGCCCAUCUUUGAGGCCUACAUCAGCUCUCUCCGUCAGCACAAGGACUCGCUCUCUGGGGAGAAGACACGGCUGGAGUCGGAGCUGAGCAGCUUGCAGGAGCUCGUGGAGGACUUCAAAAAGAAGUAUGAGGAUGAGAUCAACAAGCGGGCAAACGCAGAGAACGAGUUCGUGACGAUCAAAAAGGACGUCGACAGCUCCUUCAUGGUCAAAGUAGACCUUCAGGCCAAAAUGGACGAUCUGACGAGGGAGAUCGAGUUUCUCCGUGUUCUGUACGACAUGGAGCUGUCCCAGAUGCACCAGAGCGUCAGUGACACCAACGUGGUCCUGUCCAUGGACAACAACCGAAGCCUGGACCUGGAAAGCAUCAUCUCCGAGGUCAAGGCCCAGUACGAGGAGAUCGCCAAGAGGAGCAAGAUGGAGGCCGAGACCCUGUACCAGAGCAAGUACCAGGAGCUCCAGGUCACCGCCGGGAGUCACGGGGACCGCCUGAAGCAAACCAAGAUGGAGAUCAGCGAGCUGAACCGCAUGAUCCAGAGGCUUCAGGGGGAGAUCGCUCAUGUGAAAAAGCAGUGUAAAUCCAUCAGCGACGCGGUGGCCGAGGCCGAGCAGCACGGAGAGAGGGCCCUCCAGGACGCCGCUCAAAAAAUGGCGGGGCUGGAGGCCGCCCUGCAGAAGGCUAAGGAGGAUCUGGCCCGGCUAAUGAAGGAUUACCAGGACCUGAUGAACGUCAAAUUAGCCCUGGAUGUGGAGAUCGCCACCUACCGGAAGCUGCUGGAGGGAGAGGAGUGCAGGAUGUCCGGGGACUAUCCCAGCCAAGUGACCGUAUCGGUGGUCAGCAGUAGCGUGUCCAUGACUUCGGGAGUCGGAUCUGGUUCUGGAGGCGGCGGUUUCGGCUCCGGUGGGGGAUUCAGCUCCGGAGGCGGAUCUGGAGGGGGAUACGGCUCCGGAGGCGGCUCAGGCUCUGGAGGGGGAUUUGGCUCCGGGGGAGGAGGCCGGGUGGGAAGCUCUGGAGGAGUCGGAGGCUCCAGCUCUGGGACAAAAGUAUCUGUCUCCAGACCCGGCCACUGA